AUGAACAACUCGCAGUUCCGCCGGCUGCUUAUCGAGAAAUCAACGCCCAAGGAUGAUGACAAGGCCAAAUCGCCAGCUGCGGCCAUGCCCAGGGCGGUGCUGGGCGCGCGCAAGCACUCGAGCAUACCCAUGACGCCUCGCCAGGUAGGCAGAGGCUCGGUGCAGGCCGACUUUGCGCGCCAACUCGCCGAGCGCAACGCCAAAAACAACCCGCAGAAGAAGGCCAGGUCCGCGAUACCCAAGGGCACCAAGCUCGCCGCAGGAUACACCGACCGCACCAAGGCGCGCACCGAUGAUGAAGACAACGAGAUUGCGAAGCGCAUCAAGAACCUCGAGGAGUCGAUGAAGCUUGGCCAGAUUGACCGCGAGACAUUUGAGAAACUGGUACAGGAAAUCACAGGCGGCGAUGUUGGCGCCACGCAUCUGGUCAAGGGGCUCGACAGGAAACUGCUGGAAAGAGUACGGCGCGGGGAAGAUGUCCUGGGGGGUCUGGAAAAGAAAAUCAAGGGUGGGGAAGAAGAGGAGGAAGCAGGGGCAGCAGCCGAUGAGGCACCAGAGGUCGAGGACGCCUUCGACGGGCUGGCCGAGACUGACAUUGGCCCCAUUGUGCGCGACAAGGUGGAAAAAAAGGGCGAAAAGUUAUCGACGCCGCCUCCCGUAGCUGGGGUCAAGCGGAGCCGCAAUGACAUUCUGAAGGAACUCAAGAGACAGAGAGAGGAAGCAGCCGCAGCCGCGGCCGCAGAGCAUGAAAAGAAGUUCCCGACGCUAGGGCCCGGCUUUCGCAAGAUCAAUGCAAAGGGCGAGACGUCACGGAUCGAGACGGACGAACAGGGACGUGAAGUGUUGAUUAUCACGGGCCCGGAUGGCAAAGAGAAGAGAAAGGUCAAGAAGCAAAAGAUCGAGGUGCAGCCGACCCCUGAAGUACGCCAUGAUCUGGAUGAUGCUAAAAAACCCAUCAACAUGCACAAUCUUCCGGCACCAAAGAAGGAUGAGUCGGAAGAUGACGACAUAUUCGAAGGCGUCGGGUCCAACUACAACCCACUUGCCAACCUAGACGACUCGGACGAUGACUCGGACGGAGAAACAACACAGGCAGAGCCUUCUACAUCAAAGCCAAAUGUCAGCGAGCACAUGUCAGAAGGCGAGGUAUCCUCUGCCGAUGUGGAAGCGGAUAUCCAAACAGAAGCCAAAGAUGCCGCAACUGUCGCAUCUACGAAACGAGACUACUUCAAGCACGCAGCCCGUGAUGGCGACACCAAGGAGCAUUCCGACCUUGCUGCUGCCGAUGCCACUGUGCGCGCUGCCCUUGCCAAGGUGCGAACUCUGGAUGAGAACUCGACCCUGCUGCAGAACCUGGGGUCAUCGGAUCCCAACGACCCUGCUUCCAAGGAGGCGCGCCUCAAAAAGCGCGCUGCAGAACUUGCUGCUGCAGAUCGUGACAUGGAGGACAUGGACAUGAGUUUUGGUGCGUCCCGAUUCGACGAUGCUGAAGAAAUGGAGAGAGAAGGGGAGAAGGUCAAGUUUAGUCAAUGGAAGGGGCUGGGCGCAGAGGGCGACGAUGAUGAAGGCGACGAUGGCGCAAAGGGCCCAAAGAAGCAACGUAAGCGUGGUGGCAAGAAGCGGAAGGGCGACAAGAACAAUGCUGAUGAUGUACUGAAUGUCAUGGAGCGACUCAAGGAGAAGAAGACGAAGACGCUUGGUUGA